UCCUGACGGGACUUCCCGUGAGCCUUCGGGGCUCCGCGCAGCACGGAGACUACAGCUCCCAGCACGUACCGCUCAUUCAGGAAUACAUCUCCCAGGCGGCUGCGCGCCGCCCUUCUGCGCAUGCGCCGCCGCAGCCCGGGCUGUUGCUCGCUGGCUGGUGGCUGCGGCGCGUCCUCGCCAUGGAGUCCUACGAUGUGAUAGCGAACCAGCCCGUCGUGAUAGACAACGGCUCGGGUGUGAUUAAAGCUGGUUUUGCAGGUGAUCAAAUACCAAAAUACUGCUUUCCAAACUAUGUGGGCAGACCAAAGCAUGUUCGUGUUAUGGCUGGUGCUUUAGAAGGGGACAUUUUCAUUGGUCCAAAAGCAGAGGAGCACAGAGGUCUCCUCUCAAUCCGAUACCCGAUGGAACAUGGCAUAGUGAAGGACUGGAACGACAUGGAGCGCAUUUGGCAGUAUGUCUAUUCAAAAGACCAGCUUCAGACGUUCUCAGAGGAGCAUCCUGUGCUUCUGACAGAAGCACCCCUAAACCCACGCAAGAACAGAGAACGCGCUGCUGAGGUGUUUUUCGAGACGUUCAAUGUGCCAGCACUCUUCAUCUCCAUGCAAGCUGUGCUCAGUCUCUAUGCUACUGGGAGGACUACAGGAGUGGUGCUGGACUCCGGGGAUGGCGUUACCCAUGCAGUCCCUAUCUAUGAAGGCUUUGCCAUGCCUCACUCCAUCAUGCGGAUUGACAUUGCUGGCCGUGAUGUCUCCCGCUUCCUGCGCCUCUAUCUCCGGAAAGAAGGCUAUGACUUCCACACAUCCUCAGAGUUUGAGAUUGUCAAAACCAUCAAGGAGCGUGCCUGUUACCUGUCAAUAAACCCCCAGAAGGAUGAGACUCUGGAGACCGAGAAGGCUCAGUACUACCUGCCAGAUGGCAGCACCAUUGAGAUUGGCCCUGCCCGUUUCCGAGCCCCGGAGCUCCUGUUCCGGCCAGACCUGAUAGGGGAGGAAUGUGAAGGACUCCAUGAGGUGCUGGUUUUUGCCAUUCAGAAAUCGGAUAUGGACCUGAGGCGAACGCUGUUCUCCAACAUCGUGCUGUCUGGAGGCUCUACACUUUUCAAAGGUUUUGGUGACAGGCUCUUGAGCGAAGUGAAGAAACUAGCCCCCAAGGACGUCAAAAUAAGGAUAUCAGCUCCUCAGGAGAGAUUAUAUUCCACAUGGAUCGGUGGCUCCAUCCUGGCCUCACUGGACACCUUUAAGAAAAUGUGGGUUUCGAAAAAGGAAUAUGAAGAAGACGGAGCUCGUGCCAUCCACCGAAAAACCUUCUAGCCCUGGGACCCGUCCUCAGUCUCCUCCGGAGACUCACUUCAGUUCUAAACUCGCUUUUCUGAGUCCGAGUGUCUGAGAGCUGCCUGUGUGUGUGUGUGCGCGCGCGCCAGCAUGCCCCAAUGUCACUGAGCAAAGACAACAAGCAGCAGGAGGGUUAUAUUAGUACUACUAACUUUUUUUUAUUUUAUUUUUGUUGUUUUUUUAAUGGAAAGGAGAAAAUACCAGUCUGAAUUUCUCUAAGAAUGGCCCAUUCCUUUUUCAUUUCACUCCCUGAAUUUCUGUGUUAUGAUCGUAUUUGUCACUGUUUAAAAAAAAAAAAAAAAAAAAGGAAGAAAAAACCAACAAAAGGGAACACCUUAGAAACUGCCUAGCAAGCAAGAAGGGAGCCAACCACUGCAAACUGCUCACAUAGGCUUUAGUUGCCUGAAUCCAGUGGGUACAUUGUCUGGAAAUAUGUUGCUGAGGCCCUGUAGCUACUUACUUCUUCAUCAGUGUCUUCACCAUCAUUGGAUUUUUUUAAGUUGUUUUUAAUAUAUUUUUUUAUUAAGAGAAAGCACAUUCUGAGCAGUUAAGCCCCUUCGCCCACUGUUUUUGGUGUGUAAGUAUGAGUGUGUGCACGUGUGUGCGUAACUUCUUAGCCUGAUGUGUGGGUCUGGACCACGGCUGGAGAAGUUGGUGAUAGGAGUUAGUUUGUAUUGCAUGGAGUAGAACAAAGCAAUCUCUCAUCAGCUGUCAUUGUACUAGACGGUUAUUUUCUUGUACCUUGUUUUAAAUAACUUUUCUCUUCUGGAAGCAAGUGCCCCAGAGUGGGGACAAAGGCACUUGUGUGCUUCCCCUCAAUCUGCCAAGGUUUACAGCACUGAGUUCUAAUGUUCUUUCUCUGUCAGAGCUGAGGCUGUGUUUCCCUCCUUCCUGCCAUGUCAGGGCAAAAGGACCAUCUGUUUUCAGCUAGGCAUGACUCUUGUAUUUUAUCCAUUCUGGGGUGAAAUAAUAAUUGGAAAGGUGCAUUGUAAUGUUAGAGUUGUUUUAUUUAUUUAAAUGUCUGGGGAUAUAUCAAAAUACUGACCAGAGCACCUGGGAACCAUGCUUUGGGUCUUCUCUGCACACCUGCUACCAAGCUGUCCAUUGUUUGAUGCUAACACUAAUAUUUAUAGCACACAUGCUUAGCAUAAUAACCAGUCAGCCCUGCAACACUUCUUGGUAACUGUUCUUUAGGGAGUCUCGCUGUUCUCUAUGAAUGCAUUAAAUGAGAGGACAAUAAAUUGUAUUAGUACGUUGGUGUUACCAGCAGCUUUGUGAGCAGCAAGCAGUUGUGGUGGCUGUAUUCUGCUGUACUGUUGUGCUGCUCAUGCCUUUCCACUCACCUGUUAGCUGCUUCUCUUCUACUGCUGCUACAGAGAUUGUAAGGCCUACAGACGUGCUUGUGUUGGAGUGUGUCACUGUUUUCGUUCUGUUUUUCUUAUUUUUUUGCAUUACUUGGUGCUCUUUUUUUUUCAGCAUUUUUUUUUAUGACUGCUGCUGAAAACCAAGUAUCCUACCUUUUAGCCCCUUGGCUAUUAGACAUCGAGGCAGCAGCACAUGGGGUCAGUCUAGUAAGUUUUAUACCUAUGUACAGCCAAAUUGGUGUAACAGGAACUCCAACUGAGGAGAGUUAUUUAAGCAGGAGAGGGGGACACAGAGCAUAUUCCACUCUUGUGAACAUUGUAACCAGAGGGGCACAGGUGUGUUUGUGAUUUGGAGCUGUUUAAGGUUUUGUUUUGGUUUUUGGGGUUUUUUUUUUUCCACCCACCUGCUUUUAGUUUAAAUCCUUCAUGGAUGUUCUGAGACUCCCCCUCCAGAGUUAGAAUAUGUUAGUGGUUUUCAGUCUUCAAUAUAAAAGCCAUCUGCCUCCAUCAAAGACACGAAUGCAGACCUUGCGUUUAUUAUUAAAAAGUGGGUGUGGGAGGAGGGAGAGAAUAUUAAAGUCUGCACUUGUGGAAAACAGAGCCUGACAGUAAAAUGAAGUAUGCAGUGAUCUUACACAUGUGACAUGCCUAUGGUAUAGCCCCAAUCAGUAUGUUUAGGAGGGUUUGUAAACCUCUGUACUUCACUAGUAUGCUGUUGCAACACUUACUGCCUGUAUUAGUGUGUCCCUGUUAACAUCUGGGUGGUGUCAUGCCUGCACCUGGAAAAAGCUGCAAGAUGUCCUGAAAGGCUCUGGGGUGUGUUGAUGCUGAGUGGGGGCUGCCCCAGGCCCGCAACCGGUGUGGAGUGUGUCUGAUCACUGCAGCUGCACUAGAAGUGCAAGGGGGAGAUUUGUACUAGCACCUCCCCACUGGGGAAGUGUUUCUGCAGGAGCAGGUUGCAGGAAGGAGCUGCCCUCAGCUCGCCCAAGCCCUCCCUAGCCUGCCCUCGCAGCAGGGUAUUUCCAGGGGCGCUUAGGCUGUUCAGCCAGAUUUCAGGGCGGCUGUUCCUCAUCAGUAUUCCCCCUGUCUGAUUGCGAGACUUGGGCACAUCUGAAGGCAGCUGCAGCAGGAGUGUUGUGUGCCAGUCCGUGCAGCUGGCACACAACUGUGACAGUGGCUCAGGAGAGUGCAGAUCUAGUGUCUGUGAGUGCAGAUCUAGUGUCUAUGAAGCAGUCCUGCACAGGAGACGUAGCUGUCUGUUCAGAGGGCUCACCUGCAUGUAGAGUUGUUCAGUGAUGGCCCUGUGUGGAGGUGCUCACUAUACAGUGGAAGUGAACAAAUGAGUGCAUCUUGGAGGUAGAAAAGAGAGGCAAUGAGUCAACCCCCGGUCAGUGCUGAAAGGUGACUUACUUCAGAGUAGUUGUUUUAAAUGCAUGCUGUUUUUCAUCCCGCUAACCUUUGCAUGCCGCUGUAGACCAGCUUUUAGCUUUCAUCUCCAACAGAAGAACAGUCGUGUUGCCAUGGAGAAGUUAGUGCUGCUGAUGGUUACCAGCACAUGAGCUUGCAGAGUCUCUUUUUUCCUAGCUCAGACAGGCCUCAGCUGUUCAAAGCCCACACAGACGCAGUGGCUUCUCUUCCAAAGUUAAUCCUACAUGUUGAAAAAGGAGGAGGCUGAGAGCUGCGGAGAGCUGCUCAGGCCACUGGUGCAGCCAGUCUUCCUCAGUGGGGCAGCUCCACAGUCAUGCUGGGAUGUCUUGCUGGGGGACAGGAGAUGCUUCCCCUUGGAGCCACACAUGAACUUGUCCAACUCCAAAGACUGCUGUUUGUGCUUCCUAAGGGAGUUCUCUGGCCAUGUCUUGCUUCACAGGCAGGCAGUAUCUGCUGAAGCAAGGGGAAGGUGGUGGGGUCGUGUAUCAAGUGUCCUUGCCAGCUGUAGAGCUGUGUUUCUGCUAGACAGAGAGGCCAGGUAGCUCCUAGCUGGCAGAACAGGAAGAGUGCACUAAAAAGGCAGGACACCUGCAUUGGUUGUGAUGGUUGUCUGUCUCCCUGUGCAGAGCAUAAACUGACUUAAAGGUAAACAUGGAGAUUUCAUAUUAUCUGCCUGGAUUCACAGCUUCGUAAAUCCAUUGCCUGUUAAGCAUUCUCUAGCUGUAGCCCAGAUAUUCUUCUGAGGCAGAACAUACAUAAAUGAAUUCUUCCUCUAUUUGACCAUGAAUGUUAAUAGUCAAUCUCCCUUGUGAGUGUGGUUAGCUGAUGCAGCUGUUCAUGCAGCAUCUGCCUAAGUUGGUCUUGCCAUCCCAGCAAGGCAGAGCAUUGGAAACCAGCCCUAUCUGAUUGUACACUUUGUUUCCGAUCUGCUUUGUAAGCCACCAUGAUUCUCUAAAUGACUCUGCUGUCUUCCAGAGUCCCAAGGAGAGGGUGGGGGGCAGAAACCCCCAACCCAGCAGAAAGCUCUAGCUACCAGUCUUUGGUCUAGUGUAGUGGUUCUGGGUGUAGUUCUAGGCUGCAGUACCUGGUGUCAGCAGUGGACUAGAGUUGCUUGGUGGAAGUUCUUCCUUGUUCCCCUCUUUUCUGUUCAUUUCCAUGUCACAUUGGGGUUGCUCUCAAGAGCCGAGAUGGGGUAAGAGCUGCAGGGCUGCAGCAGCUUUGGCAAAUGGGCUUCUCCUCUGGCUUGCAGGGAGCAUUGCAGAUGCGCUUGUGGCAGAGCAGCCUGGGAUCACCCCUUUAGUGCCAUAUUGGUGGUGUGUGCUCGCUUGGGCUGACAGAUGCAGCGAUGGGAAGCUUUACCUGAUACCGUUAGUGCGCUGCGUCAGUUGGCGUGAAUGUAGGUAAGCAGUGUGCUGUGUGGGAAACGUGCUCUCAGGGCUCGCUGCUGGCCUUGGAGAGGCUCCAGGUAGGCAGGUUUGGUGGUUUGCUCCCAGAUGAGGCUAGGUUGCUUGUUCACCUACUCCCAUCAGGUCAGAUUGUGUUUUUAAGCAAGAACCCAUCACGUAAAGAAGAGCUGUCAAUGCUCAGCCUUGUUCUGUUGGAAAAAAUUAAGUUGCGUUCUUGCUGGUUCGUUGCAACAUGCAAAGGGGAGGAAGCAAACCCGCCUCUGUUCACUUACCGCAUGCCCCAGGCAGCACAGGCAGUGCCAGUGAUCUUUGUCCCUUUCCCCAGCCCCUCCAUUGUCCUUGCAGAAGCAGCAGUGCUCCAUUUUGUAAACUACUGCGACAGGACAGAAAGGUGCUGUCUCCAAUCUUGCAUUCGUUUGAUCUGCCUGACUGUACCCUCGCGCGCUGUCCAAACCAUGUUGCCUGGUGGUGCCCAGCAUACUUAAAUAAAGUUCAUAUACAAACUUAA